GUUUACUUCUCUGUGCAAAUAAUCUGUAAAUAGAGAAUUUGAUGCACUUAAAACUUAAAAGAAAUAAUAAAAUAAAAUAAUUUAAAAAUAUAGUUUUCUAUCAAGCAAAACAAAGUGACAUAUUUUUUAAUUUUUCUAAAUUCAUCAUUUGGAUGAGUCAAUUUUGUAUUUCUCUGUAUUCUAAAAAAAACGACAAAAAAAAUAUUAAAAAACUCAGCUUACUGUGAAAAUUCUGCUUUUUUAUUUUUGGGAUCUUGAGAUUUGAUCUGAUCCAGUGAAGACAACUGGAGGAUCACUGUGUCUGUAUGACUUCCAGAUAUCACGCCCUCCUCAUGUCUGAUUACCUGCUUCAGAUGCAGAAUGCUGGUCUGCUGUCAGUCCUGGUCCUGGUUCCUCAGCUGGUCGGCGGUCUUCCUGGGGUUCCUCCUGUGGACUGCAGUGAUAUCUACGAGCAGGACAACAGCAGACCCAGUGGAGUUUACACCGUCUAUCCUGUAGAAGACACAUAUGGUGUCCAGGUGUUCUGUGACAUGGAUUCCCUCGGAGGACAGUGGAUGGUCUUCCAGAGGAGGAUGGACGGUUCUUUGAACUUCUACAGACCCUGGGAUUAUUACAGGACGGGUUUUGGUUCUGCUGAUGGAGAGAUCUGGCUCGGUCUGGAGAAUCUCUUCCAGCUCUGUUUGAGGAAGAAAUACGAGCUGCUGGUCGACAUGGAAGACUUUGAAGGAAACAAGGCGUACGCUCGCUACUCCUCCUUCUCUGUUGGUCCAGAGACUGAAGGAUACAAACUGGAGGUGACGGGAUUCACCGAUGGAGGAGCAGGAGACUCUCUGGCUCACCACAAUGGAAUGAAGUUCUCCACCUUUGACAAAGACCAGGACAAGUCAGUUAAAAACUGUGCUGAAUUAUCUUUAGGGGCGUUCUGGUAUGAACAGUGUUACUAUACAAACCCGAACGGCGUUUAUCGCUGGGGGAGAGAUCCUUCACUUCAUGGAAUUGGGGUGGAUUGGUACACCUGGAGGGACUAUAACAAUUCUCUGAAGAGCAUCAGCUUUAAGAUCCGUCCUGUGAAAUAAUUAUUUUGGAUAAACAUACAAUAAUAAUCUGUUGAAUCAUUGAAUCACAAACUGACCUAACUCUGAAAACAACUGUGAUUGAGAACAGCUAGAAAUUUAAUUAAAGUUUGAUUUCCAAUUGUUUUUCCUGCUAUCAAUAAAGAAGAAGCAAAGCA